UUGAACCAUCCCUGUAAAGCAAAAAGUUGGGAGUUCGUUCAUACAAGCUGCAAUUAUAUACAAAAAGAAUACGCAUCGAUUUCCAUAAACAAUUAAAUAUUAGCCGCGUUUUCACCGACGGUUGGUGUUGAGUUAUUAUUUUUUUUUUCGUUUUGAGUUGCAGUGGUGAUCAAUUUUUCGACAUUCAUUAUUGUUAACGUAUUUGGCUAUUGCGUUUGUGGGACGACCGCAAAGAUAUACAAAAAAAAAAAAUUAAAAUUUAAAUAGUUUAUUGAUUAAUAGCCGGGCCAGUUAGUGCCAGUGAAAACAACGAAUUCCAGCAAACAUGGCGUUAAAAGUUUUGGUCGGCCAGAAGAUCAUGAACGAGGUGGUGAAGUACAAGCCGCCGCCACCGAAGAAAGCGGGCGCUGCAGCUGCUCCAAAGGCGGCCGGCGCAGGUGGGAUCGAGUGGCGUGUGCUGGUGGUGGAUAAGCUGGGCAUGCGCAUGGUCUCCGCCUGCACCAAGAUGCACGAGAUUAGCGCCGAGGGCAUAACAUUGGUGGAGGAUAUUCACAAGAAGCGCGAGCCGCUGCCCACAAUGGAUGCCAUCUACUUGAUAACGCCAUCGGAUGAGUCUGUGCGCUCCCUGAUACGCGACUUUGAGAAUCCGGCGCGUCCCAUGUACCGUUACGCGCACGUCUUCUUCACCGAGGCGAUACCGCCUCGCAUAUUCGAAAUGCUGCAAUCGCACAAAGACAUUUGUCGACGCUAUGUGCGCACCUGCAAAGAGAUCAAUAUUGCCUUUUUGGCCUAUGAAGCACAGGUCUUUUCGCUGGAUUCGCCGGACACGUUCCAAUGCCUCUACUCGCCGGCAUUCGCCUCGAUACGCGGCAAGCACAUCGAGCGCAUUGCCGAGCAGAUCGCAACGCUGUGCGCCACGCUGGGCGAGUAUCCGAACGUGCGCUAUCGCAGCGACUGGGAUCGCAACAUUGAUCUGGCCGCCUCGGUGCAGCAGAAGCUGGAUGCCUACAAGGCCGAUGAGCCGACCAUGGGCGAGGGCCCGGAGAAGGCCCGAUCGCAGCUGUUGAUUCUGGAUCGCGGCUUCGAUUGCGUGUCGCCGUUGCUGCACGAGCUAACGCUCCAGGCGAUGGCCUAUGAUCUGUUGCCCAUUGUGAACGAUGUGUACCGUUAUACGCCCGGGCCCAACCAGCCGGACAAGGAGGUGCUGCUGGACGAGAACGACGACCUGUGGGUGGAGCUGCGUCACGAGCACAUUGCCGUUGUCUCCACACAGGUCACACAGAACCUCAAGAAGUUUACCGAUUCCAAGCGCAUGAGUUCCGCUGACAAGUCGUCGAUGCGCGAUCUGUCGCAGAUGAUCAAGAAGAUGCCGCAGUAUCAGAAGGAGCUGUCCAAGUAUUCCACCCAUUUGCAUCUGGCCGAGGACUGCAUGAAAUCGUAUCAGAACUAUGUGGACAAGCUGUGCCGCGUCGAACAGGAUCUGGCCAUGGGCACGGAUGCCGAGGGCGAGAAAAUCAAGGAUCAUAUGCGCAACAUUGUGCCCAUUUUGCUAGAUGCGAAUGUGUCCAACUACGAUAAGGUGCGCAUCAUUUCGCUCUAUGUGAUGAUCAAGAACGGCAUCUCCGAGGAGAACCUGACCAAGCUGUUUACACACGCACAGCUGUCCACCAAGGAUCAGGAUAUGGUGCGCAAUCUCAGCUAUCUGGGCAUCAAUGUCAUUGCCGAUUCACGUAAGAAGAUCUACUCGGUGCCGCGCAAGGAGCGCAUCACCGAGAGCACCUAUCAGAUGUCGCGCUGGACGCCCGUUAUCAAGGACAUCAUGGAGGAUUGCAUCGAGGAUAAGUUGGAUCAGCGCCAUUUCCCGUUCCUCGAGGGACGCGCCCAGAAUACCAAUUACCAUGCACCGACUAGCGCACGCUAUGGCCACUGGCACAAGGAUAAGGCACAGACGCAGGUUAAGAAUGUGCCACGCCUCAUCAUCUUCAUAGUGGGCGGCGUGAGCAUGUCGGAAAUGCGCUGCGCCUACGAGGUGACCAACUCGGUGCGCAACUGGGAGGUGCUGGUCGGCUCCUCGCACGUUCUCUCGCCCGAAAUCUUUCUCAGCGAUCUGGGCAGCCUCUCCAAAGAGGAUUAGAUGCAGUGCAGCAGCAGCGCCUAGAGAUUUAAGCAUAUAUAACACAACUCAAGCCCAACUAUGCUUAGCCAGCCCUGUAAUUUGUUAUUCGAUAUAUCUAUAUCUACAUAUGCAUAUAUUUCUAUAUAUCUAUAUGUCUAUUUGUUGUCUUUAGUUUCAUAAAAUUGCGUAGGCGUAGAUCUGCGUAUGGAACAUCUGUUCAUUUUGAUCAACCUACAGUAGACACACAUUAUGUGCACCUCUUAACUAACUAGCCCACAAAACGAAAGAACAAUACAAAAACAAAAAAGAAACUUAUAUACUACUUAUAUACGAUAUAUACAUCUAUAUAAAUGUGCGGUCCGAUAUGUAAUGGAAAAGCGUUUACUUCUAUAAAUAACAUUCUAUUAUCACACACUA